GAGAGAGGGGGUGCUAGGAUCUAGGAGGACAGCAGAGAAGAAGAAGAAGAGGAGGCAGCAGCAUCUUUAAAAAACGAAGAAGAAGAAGAAGAGGAAGAAGAAGCGUCCUCGUCUCGCUGACAGCCGCUCAGGACAUUUCCAGAACACUUCCUUCGGACCCACCAGCCCGCCCGUCGCCAUGAACUACCUUCGCCGGCGCCUGUCCGACAGCAGCUUUGUGGCCAACCUGCCCAACGGCUACAUGAUGGACCUGCAGAGGCCCACGCCGCCGGGGUCGUCCACCUCCUCCCCGGCCUCGCCGGCCACGGAGCGGCGCCAGCCCCCCGCCCUCCACACCCAGACUCAGGCCCCGAGCGCCCAGCUGGCGCAGAACGUCGCCGCCGCCGCGCACGCUAAGUCGUCGGCGGCGGCGGUGUCUGCUGAGGGAGCUCCGCCAGGGAAUAGUCAGCCUGCCAAGCCUGCGGUCCGCAAGCCUCAGAUCCUGUUGGUCAUCGAUGAUCAGCACACGGACUGGGCCAAGUAUUUCAGAGGCAAGAAGCUGAACGGGGAGUACGAGAUCCGGGUGGAGCAGGCAGAGUUCUCGGAGAUCAACCUGGCCUCCUACGUGACCUCGGGCUGCAUGGUGGACUUGCAGGGCUGCAAGGCUGGCACCAAAGUGCUCAGGUCCGUCAAACCCGACUUCGUCCUGAUCCGCCAGCAUGCCUACUCCAUGAUCCCAGGAGAGGACUUCAGGAACCUGGUCAUCGGCUUGCAUUUUGGCGGCGUGCCGGGUGUCAACUCUCUCUUCUCCAUCUACAACUUCUGCAGCAAGCCUUGGGUGUUUUCUCAGAUGAUCAAGCUCUACCACGCCCUGGGCGCUGAGAAGUUCCCCCUGAACGAGCAGACCUUCCAUGCCAACCACAUGCAGAUGGUGAGUGAGUGCUUCUUUUCUCCACCAAACACCAACAACACAAAAAAAAAGCACACAUUUAUUCAAUAUUUAAUAUAAAAAUAUAAAAUUGUACACGCUUCAUUGUAUGGUUUCAUUACGGUG